AUCCAUACUUUUGAGUAUGGCGAAUUUUAUAUAUCACCAAUAUCAGCAAAGUCUUGGUGUUUUGUACUUUCUCUGAGGUUAUUUCUCUCAAAUCUUGUCGUUAUUCUUGGAGAAAUGGAUCAAUGGAAUCAACGUAUGAAUUUUCCUCCCCACUAUUCACCAAACUUCAGCUACCAACAGCAGAACAUUUACCGAACAAACAAUCCUCAACAAAACUCUCAAUCAUUCCACAAUGCUGCUCAUUUUCUGGCGUAUCAACAACAAAUGACAUCAUCACCCAGAAUGAAUCACAUGGAUUUCAAUACUAGGGCAACAUCCCAUCAACCUUUGGCGUCAGCCAUAACCCCUGCCGAAAUGGAAAAUUUAAAAAAAAAGAGAAAUUUUGAAGAGCAGCAAAAGAGGUUAAUGGCUUUGAAAACAACCAAAAAACAGUCAAACACAGCUUUGAACAGUGCAAAUCAGUUGAAUGAUCUGUUUGGAAAAAAGGAAAAUGUAGGAAUGGCGUCAUUAUUGGGAUCACUUGGGGAUGUUCCAAAGCCUAAAGGAAACUCUCUGUAUAAUGUUCAGCCAACCAUUCCUCAAACUUUAACAAGAUUUCCAGCUACCCAGAACAAAAGUAUAAUGUCAAGCAACGUUAUGCCUCAUGUUGUCAAUCCUCAAAGAGCGACACAUUUUAACAGUCAUAAUGAAUUUCAAGAAUUUGAUUCAAGUGCUUCUCCAACUGAUGAUUUUGGUGACUUUCAACAGAGUUCGGUAGAAGCAACAACAACUGUUCUGUCAAGCUUUGUAGGGCCGAUGGUAUUGAAUGAUAAGAACCAAUUGGCUCAUAAUAAUAUCAAAACAAAGCCAGCCAAUGGUCAAGGACUUUCACAUGCACUUGGUCCUAAUCUGAAUGAUGAAUCCUUGUCUACAGCUAACGUUGUAACUAUUGAGCCACAAGAAAAACACAUCAAUUCGAAAGCUCCUCCUGCAUUAAGUAUUGAAGAUUUGAUGGAAAAAUCGUUAUCAUUAGACAAUCGAAACUCAAUUCCCAUGAAAGGAUUUGAAAAACCGAAAGUUUCUAAAGUUAUAAAAGGUCAACCUAGUCAUUUUACAGAGUCUGCAAAAGCCAGUAAAUUUGAAGAUUUGGACUCUCUAUCAGAAAUGUUUACAAUUCCUCAGGCUCCUUUGACCAAUUUAUCAGCUGAAGCUCACAUACCCGACAGUACAAGUGACGAAUGGUCUGAUUUCAGUGGUGUGAUAGAAAAAUCUGACAAAAAUGAAACCUCAUAUCAACUUUUGGGAAACAAGAAUUCGGAAAGAAUCCUUUCCAAUGCACAGGUUGAAAAUCAUUCAUUCGGACAAGUGAUGCAACCUUCAAACAUGCCAACAUCAUUUCUCAGUAAAAUGGAAGAAAACAUUGCAACGACUUCACAGCCGGAUGUUGAGGGUGAUAUGGGAUCAUAUUCUCAACAACUGUUUGCCCCUAGUGUACAAUGGCAGUCAAUGUCUACAGCUGGUGAAUCAAUCCCACCAUUGUUGACAUCUGUAAAGAAAAGUGACAUAGAUGACUUUCAUUCAGACAGUGGAAACAGUGAAACUGUUAUACAAGAAGAAGAAAAAUCUGUUGAUCCUGAGCGUGUUUUAUAUGGUUGUUCCCUUCCUGAAUGGAGUAAAGAUUCAAGAAUGUUACCUGCUGUUUACAAACAAGUCCACAAGAUGUGUUCAUCGUCCAUAAACAACGUCAUUAGUACUAGCCAAUUGUAUCCCAUUUUAUUGUCAUCUGGUCUACCACGUGACAAACUUAGCCAUAUUUGGUCGGUUUGUAAUAAAGCGUCACCUGGAGAAUUAUUUGAAAUCGAACUUUAUCUUAUUCUUGGUAUGAUUGCAUUAGCGCAGGUUGGAUUGCAGAUAAAUAAAAUAACGUUAGAAAAACUAUCAUCUUGUGCUACUGCCCCGAUUCCUUCUUUUCCUGAGAGAAUUUUUCAGGAUGACUCUGUGGAUGUGCCCUCAAAUUCAACAAAUUUUGCUGAUCUUGAAACUCCAGAAAUUAAAAAAAAAGAUGAAGCGAACGAUUUGUACGAUACUUUAACAGCAAAAACAACUAUGGUUGACGCUGUAAAACAUCCAGAUUGGUCGAGGUGGAAGUCUUCAAAAGCCUCACAGAUUGAUGACAAAUUUUCUGAUUUAUUCAAAUCACACGACGCGGCUACAAUGCAUAAAAAUUUACCAGAAAGUAGUGGCGAUGAAUUUUUUGGUGAUUUUCAGUCCACUGCUAUUCAAGGGGCUGUACAACCAUUCACAAACUCUCGUUCAAACAACGAAGAGAUCAAAAAAACGAGUGGAUUUUCAAUGUUGGGUAUUCAACCUAUUGUAUCGAGUGAUGAUGAUUUUGGUGAAAUGACCGGUGCUUCUGAAUCGGUUUUUCAAACAACAGCACAGCAGUUGAACGGUAAAAGUUUGAAUCGUACAACACCCGUGAUGUCUGCUCCACUACCAAUGAAACAUAGAUAUAAUCUCAACGAAGAUGAAGAGAACGUUGACUCUCACGAAAAGGCGUGGUUGAAAUGUCUCUUGAGCUGUUUUGAUGUGAUCAAAAAAUCCUACGAAACUCUUGCAAAUAUAUAUGAUGAUAGUUUACUAAAGGAAAUCUUCUCUUCAAAACAAGGAGUUCAACAUUUUACAGCAAUUAUUGAAAUAUAUUGUGUUUCGCAAAGAGUAAAAGCUACCGUACUCAAGUCAGCUUCGAACAACUUACAACUAAAGCAAACUUUGCAAGAUAUUGAAAAUAUAUGGAAAACUUACAAAAGUCGUGAACUUUUUGCACAGUUAUUGCCGAUCGAAAGCUUCAAUUUUUCUGGAUGUCACAUGACCAAGAAUGAUGACGCGAGCCUGUCAUGUGGUAUUUGCUUGUUAAAUGUGAAUAAGGCGUGUGUUAUUUCAACGAAGAAAACUCAUCAUCUCGAGAAACUGAGUUAUGGCAGUAAAAAUUACCAUACAACCUGUGCAAACUUUUGGUGCAAUAAAGUGGACUCAGUGUUGCCUUCUUUGCAACCUAAAGAUAGCUUAAUAUAAGCAUGUUUGGGAGAAAGGAAUUCCUUAAAACACCCCCGUUGUUGUUUAUUCAAAAUCAUUCAAAGUUCAUACCUGUUAUGUAAAUUUCAUAUAAUUAUAAUUAUCAUUCUUAGUUCUUUAAA